AUGAUAUAUCAUUGUUUUGGGACUAGCCAGAUGGCUCCAUAAUCACUCGUUGCAACGUAUAUAAUAAUGAAUCCGUAUAAAAGCUAUUGCAAGCAGUCUCAUCAAAGACUACAGGCUAGCAGAUCAGGUUGAAAUUGGAAAAACAGAACCAUGAAACAAAUAUUUGUAAUUUUAUGCAUGUUUGCCGUUUCUUAUAAUUUCGGACUUGUAAAGGCGAGACCAAGUCCGGAAGUUGAAAGUGACGCUAACAUUGACAUUUCGGAAGAUGCAGCCAACAAUGAAACUGAAGUAGACGAUGUAGCCACUACUGAGGAUCCUGAAACAGAAGAUGCAGCCAACAAUGAAACACAAUCGGAAGUGAGUGACAACGCCACUGACCUUGAUUCGGACGAUGUAGCCGUUACUCAGGAUCCUGAAACAGAAGAUGCAGCCAGCAAUGAAACUCAAUGGGAAGUGACUGCCAAGGCCACUAACAUUUAUUCGGACAAUGUAACUGCUACUGAAAAUCCUGAAACAGACAAGGAUGUAAGCAGCGAUAACAAAAAUGUCAGCAGCGAUGACGAGGAUGUCAGCAGCGAUAACAAAAAUGUCAGCAGCGAUGACAAGGAUGUCAGCAGCGAUGACAAGGAUGUAAGCAGCGAUAACAAAAAUGUCAGCAGCGAUGACGAGGAUGUCAGCAGCGGUAACAAAAAUGUCAGCAGCAAUAAUGAAGAUGUCAGCAGCGAUAACAAAGUUCUCUUCAGUAAUGACACUUUGGAUUCAGGCGAGCAUGUCAGCAGCGAGAACAGUUCGGACUCAGAGGAGGAAGAGGACACCUAUGAUUUUUCUCAAUGGAGAUAUAAAUUGAAGAACAUAUUUUCACUUAGAAUCGUAAGUGCUUACAAAUUUAUUUGAAAAGAAAAACUAAUUUUAAUUUAGAGUAAUUUUACAAUAAAGGUUAAUUCACUUAAUGUUGAACUGAGGCUUAGGAGGCUUU